AUGGUUCGAACUGAACUGGAAUAUUCUCCAGUCGUCACUCCCAAUGCAGCAGCAGAUGAUACGCCCCGGCAGCUCGAUGCGCGUCCGGCUUUUGCGGGGCAGGAGAGGGCCAGGGCCUCUGUAGAGCAGCCUGCCACUGGUCUGGUCUGGUCUGGCAUGGCUAUCUACUAUCUCUCUCUAUCUCGCUAUCUAUCUAUCUACCCCACCGUCAAGACAAGCUCCAGGCUGAGUGCUUGCUGGACGGGGCGCUGGCCAUCCCUAUCCUAUCCCAGCCUGAGGACCCUCCGAGAUCGGGAGCACGCCUCGAGCACUGCUCGCAGCAAUAAAUCCGUCUGCAGGAACCUUCUCGCACGCAGUCUCUAUCCUGGCAAAUCGCACUUCUCACGGCCUGUUCUUGCUGCCGGCCUAGAAUCCUCCCCCAAACUGCCUGAGCUUGCCGGCGGCCGUCCUGUGGUUCUGCAGAAUUCCUCUUCCGCUCCCAGUCUUUCGAUCCUACUUUCUAGUGGGGAAAUAAGCUAUAUCGGACGCAAGGACCUCGACCUCGAUCGAUCUCUCUCCCUCACCCUCUCUACCUCAACCUCACCCUCUCUCCGAAUUUACCCCCUGCGAAUGACACAACAGCCCCGGAAGAUCAUCGCCGUGGUCAAUGCCACUGGCCGCCAGGCGGCGUCGCUCAUCCGCGUCGCCUCCGCGGUGGGAUAUUAUGUGCGGGGCCAGGUGCAUUCCCUCAAAGGCGUCAUCGCCGCCGAGCUGCAGAGUUUGCCCAAUGUGGAAUUGAUCCAGGGCCCAUUGAUGAACAACACGCCCCUCAUGGACCAGCUCUUCAAAGGGGCCAGCCUCGCCUUCAUCAACACGGUAUCCCAGGCCGGCGACGAGGUGGAAAUCGGCCGCGCGCUGGCCGACGCUGCCAAGCGGGCCGGCACCAUCACGCAUUACAUCUACAGCAGCAUGCCGGACCACUCGGUACAUGGGCCAUGGCCGAGUCUGCCGCUGUGGGCGCCCAAGUUCGCUGUCGAAAACUACAUCCGGCAGCUGGGGCUGCCAGCCACCUUUGUGUACGCCGGUAUCUACAACAACAACUUCACCAGUCUGCCGUACCCUCUCUUCCAGAUGGAGCUGCAGCCGGACGGCAGCUUUGAAUGGCGCGCGCCUUUCAACCCGGACAUUCCGUUGCCGUGGCUGGAUGCGGAGCACGAUGUCGGCCCGGCGCUGCUUCAGAUCUUCAAGGAUGGGCCGAAGAAGUGGAACGGUCAUCGGAUUGCUCUGACCUUCGAGACGCUCACCCCCGUGCAGGUCUGUAACGCCUUCAGCCGGGCCCUGGGCCGUCGCUGCGUGUACCGCCGGGUUCCCAAGAUCGAGAUCAAAGUGUCGAUUCCAGCUGGGUACAAGGAGCAAUUGGAGGGUAUUGAGGUGUUGUUCGGGCAAUUGGAGGCGCCGUACUUCCCUCAGCCGGAAUUCAACCCCCCUGCCGCCGGGUCUCCGAAGGGACUGGGGCCUGCGAACGGGAAAGGCGCCGGGGCAGGCAUGAUGCAGGGGCCGGGAGGAGUCGUCUCGCAGCGGGUAACGGACGAGGCACGACAACUGUGGCAGGGCUGGCGAGAUAUGGAGGAGUAUGCCAGGGAGGUCUUUCCAGUAGAAGAGGAGGCCAACGGGCUGGACUGGAUGUUAUGA